CCGUUUGAUAUACUUCUGUAAAUAGUUUCACCAAUAAAGUUGAAAUAGCUUCUGUGAACUGAAAUAUGUAUUAGCUACUAUAUAUAAAUAACAUUGAUAAAAAGAUAUAAUUAAAUGGGAAACCUUAAAAAAUUAGUAGAUAAAUAAUGAAUUAUAAUUAAGUAUAAGCUAUGUAAAAUAAAAAAUCUAUAUAUUGAUUUGUUAAAUUUAAUGUUAUUUACUUGGGAAUAAUCAUUAUAAUGUUUUGGUUUGUUUAUUAUAUUCUCAAACGUAAAUAAGAGAAUUUUUAAUGUUGAAUUAUUGCAAGUAUGUCCCUGAUACAGUUAUUAGAAAAUAGUUUUGAUGACAAUGGGACCCAUAAUUUGAUCAUUCAUUUUGAUAAGGAAGUAAUUCUAUCAAAGAAUAAUGAACACCAAACUGCAUUACAUUUGGCUUCUUUGCAUGGAUUACACAAUAUAGUUAACCUUUUAUUAAACAAAGAAGCUUGUGUAAAUUCUACUGACAUACAUGGAAAUACUCCUUUACAUUUAGCUUGUUGUAAUGGCCAUUCAUCAAUUGUUGAAUUAUUAUUAAAAAAGGAACCUAAAGUAGCUAAGAAGAAAAAUAAUAAUGGUGAUGUUCCGUUACAUAUUGCUUGUCAAUUUGGAUAUUAUGAUUGUGUUUUAAAAUUACUUGAGUUUGAUAUGACAACAAUCGAAAUAAUGAAUAAUAAUCUAAAUACACCUUUAUUUGUGGCUAUUUAUGAGAAAAAAGAAGAUAUUGCCAUAAGUAUAAUCAAUAAAAUGCCAGAAAAUUUGGAUACUAUUAAUAAUGAUGGCAAUGCUGUUAUUCAUAUUGCAGCCCAAGAAGGUUUACUUAAAGUUAUUGAAACUAUUAUUAAUUUAGGAUACAAUUUUGAAUUUCCUAAUAGUAAAGGACUUUAUCCACUUCACAUUGCAUCCAAGUAUGGACAUGUAGAAAUUGUUAGGUAUUUAUGUAUAGCUGGAAGUGACCCUCAAAGACGAAGUGUAGAUAAUAUAAAACCUGAAAUUACUGCCAUAAAAAAUAAUCAAAAAGAAAUCAUUUCAAUACUCAGUAAACUAAAUUCCAAUAAUGCAAAGGAAAAUUAUAUACAACAACUUGUAAUGAGUGAUAAAGUAAUUGAAAAUACCAAUAUUCUACUUUUUGGAAAUAGUGGUACUGGUAAAUCAUCUAUUAUCAAACUAUUGAAAUCUGGACUAUUUUCAAUGUUACUUGGAAAAUCACGUAGUACUUUGAGAACAAUUAAUAAUAACCGAUCAUUUAUGUCUCAAGCUCAAAAUAAUAAUGGAAAUGAUAUAAGUCUUACUGAUUAUACAUCAAGUUCUUCACUUAAAUAUAAAAAUGGUAGUACUAAAGGAAUAAUAGUACAAAAAGAAACAUUAUCAUGUAUUGGUGAUUGCACAUUCUGGGAUUUUUCCGGUGAAGAUACAUACUAUAACUUAUAUCAUCAUGUUAUACAAAACACACCCAAUAAAAUAAUUGUUAUAGUUUAUAGCCAAAGUAAUUCAUUCAAAAAUAAUCUGAGGAGUGUGCAAUUUUGGUUGAGUUUUAUUCAAGCUAGACUUCCAGUGCCAAAUUUUAUUAAUAAAAAUGGUUUCUCAAAUUAUUUAGUUCCAGUAUUAUUAGUAGCAAGUUAUAGUAAUGAUAAAAAAACUAGUCAACAAUCUGAAAAAAAUUUAAUUGCAAAAGUUAAAAUGGAAUAUGAACAUAUUUUUAAAAUUUAUGACCAAACUAUUCUAUUUGAUAUUUUUGAAGUAGAUUCAAAUAGCAUUAAGAGUUUUAAAGAAGGUCUCAGGGAUUGUAAAAACCAAAUGAACAAUGAAAUUCCUAGAAUGAAUGGUUUUUGUGAAGCUGUGCUAUAUUUUUUGCCUAAACUUAGAAAAAUAGCCCAUCCUUUUCCAGUAUUAUCAUGGAAAACAUUUUGUGAUACUAUUCAUCUUGAAGUGAACCCAUUAGCUACAACUCAUUACCUAAGUAUACUUCUUCGUCAACUUCAAAAUUUGGGCGAAAUACUGUAUCUAAAAUCAGAAUUGCAUACAGAUUUAGUAGUUAUUUCCCCUAGUUGGUUUGGUACAAAUAUUAUUGGUACACUAUUUUCUGUUGACUUUUUAAUUAAUCAAACAAGAAUGUUUGGAUCAUAUCAAGCGAAUGAUUUUCAAACAAUGUUUCCUCAUUAUGAUGCUAUGUCAGUUUUACAGUUAUUAGAAACUAUGAAAAUAUGUGUUCAAUAUGACAAUGAUGGUGAUAUUGAAUAUGAAUUCCCUACUUAUAUAAUUAGAGAAAAAGAUGAAACACUUUGGAAACCAUGGCACAAUAAUAAUGAGAAGUGUUAUGGAGGAGUUCGCUUUACUUCACAACCUCCAUUCUUUGAACUGUUAACUUCAAUAUUUAUGAAAAUACAAGUUGAACUUAGAUAUUUGCAAAAUAACUAUUAUGAAGAAAUGGAUAGUUUCUUAUACCAGUGGUAUGGUGGUGCUAUAUUUUAUGUAAGCUGUAUUGAAUGUAUGGUAUCACUUGAACAUGAUAAUUGUAUAGAUAUAAAAAUACGUGGACCACAAUCAUCAAGUUAUACAUGUUUUUAUUUUUUGGAAGAAAUUCUACAUUCUAUAAAUUUAGUUCUAAGUGAAUGUUGUCCAAGAAUGAAAAUCAUUAAAGAGUUUUUGAGUCCUUUAGAUUUAUCUGAACAUAACACCCAACCACAUUCUUAUAGUGUUCACGAUUUAUUUAAAUCCAUUCAAAAUCAAUCAAAAUUCAAAUCUACGGUGAUUCAUCCUUUAUCCAACAUAAAAGAAUGUGUUUUAGAUGUAUUAGCUUUUGGAUGUGACAGAGUGAUCGACAAGCUUUUGUGUAGUUCUGAAUUACCUUUAACAGAGUUAAGUAUGCUAUGCCGACAAGAGUUGAGUCAACUUCUUGAUAAAGUACAUCCAUUAGGAAAAGAUUGGGCUUUAUUUGCUUUAAAUAUUGGAUUAGACUCUAAAGUGCAAUUAUUAGAUGAUGAACAAACUAGCCCUUUCCUAAAAUUAAUUGAUUUAUGGGCAACUAGCCAGCCGGCUACUACUAUUGGUAUGCUAAUUGAUGGUCUAAAUGAAAUUGAACGGGAAGAUGCAGCUUCAGUUAUUUUACAACAUGUUCAGUGUUACAGGAUUAAAUCAAUGGAUAAUAAAUUUUCCUUAAUUGACAAUAAUUUAAAAAAUUGACUUAUUGUUUUUUUUUUUAUAUUUUCAUAAACUACCAAUAUUUAAUUAAAAUAUAUCUAGUCAAUAACUUGUAAUUAAAAUGAUUGUAUUUAAUAAAAUUCGAUAUUUUAUCAUUUCAUGAUGAAUAUCGAUUUAUAAAAUGUUAUUUUAAAAUUAUGUCAAUA